UCAGUUCUGCGCACUCACACCCCCCACUUUCCUUCCUCCUGCUAAAGGCAAAGACCAAAUCAUCACUCACUCUGUCUCUCCCUCCUUUUACACUCAUCUGAUCAGACAAACAAAGAGCGGGUGCUCCUACCCAAAAUAGAAGGCAGAGGCAGAAAGAUGACAAUCACCAUGGGAGACCAGGUUGAAUCUGAUCAUGUGCUGCUCAUCUCCCAGAUGUUCCCAGGAACGUACGGUACUCAAGUUGUGCCCCAACCACCACAAGGACCAAAGCUGAGAAGGCAGAGGCGGAAGAAGAGCAAAGGAGGAGAGGCGUCGGGUUCCGGGGAAGCGAAGAAGAGGAAGCUCAGUGCCCAGCAGGUGAAUCUGUUGGAGCAGAAUUUCGGCAACGAGCACAAGCUGGAGUCGGAGAGGAAGGACCGGCUUGCAUCGGAGCUAGGUCUCGACCCGCGACAAGUGGCGGUUUGGUUCCAGAACCGGAGGGCCCGGUGGAAGAACAAGAAGCUCGAGGAGGAGUACUCCAAGUUGAAGUCCCUCUACGAGAGUACCGUCCUGGAGAAGUGCCAUCUCGAAACCGAGGUCCUAAAGCUUAAGGAGCAAUUAUCCGAUGCAAUGAAGGAAAUCCAGAGGCUGUCGACGUCGCCGUCGGACGGCGGGGUUUCGAGCAACAGCCCGAUCAGCUCCUCAAUCUCCGAUGUCGGCCCGCCUUUCCUCGGGGAGUUUGGGGCCCUAGAGGCUGCAGUCGGGUACGACGAAGAUGCCGCCCUCUAUGCAAUUCCUGAUGAGAAUAGCUACAUCCAAAGCAUGGAGUGGUUCAGCCAAUAUCUGUAACCAAACACUUCUCUAUUCGAUCCAUCCAAGCGUAAUUACUAACCUAUCUAGAUAUGUAAUAUAUGUAGUAUAGUGUAUUGUAGAUAUAGUGGGGGCAAUCUAAUGUAAAUUCUUGUCCUCCGUUAACCUAGCAAUGACUCUGAUAUCGAUGUUAAGCUUAUUGAAUAACUUGCUUGAUCGAUAUAAUUUUUUUCCACUAAA